AUGCCACCCCGAAACAACCCCGUCCCCAACGCCAUGCGCCUCUUCAACUGCACCAUCUGCGACAAAGGCUACCCGCGCCAACUCGACUACGAGAACCACCUGCGCUCCUACGACCACAACCACCGCCAGCGCUUGGCCGAUAUGAAGAAGCUGACCGCCAGCAAUGACGCCGAAGGGCAGAAGCCGAAGCAGGGCGUUGAGUUGCAGAGGUUGGAGGGCAAGGGGGCGUUGGCAGGGAAGGGGUUUACGAAGAUUGGUGGGGGAGGGAGUGGGGGGUUGGGCAAGGGGUUUACGAAGAUUGGAGGUGGGUUUAAGAAAGUGGGGACUGCUGAAGGGGAGAAGAAGGAGGAGGAUAAGCCUGUGGAGGUGGAUGCGAGCGCGCCGGCCGCUGAUGCAAUGGCUGAGAAGCAGCCAGAGAGUAAGAAAGACGACGAUGUUGUCAUGGGGGAAGACGACCCGGAACAGACUACUACGUGGGAGGAGUACGACUUCACCAAGCCUACCGGAUGCGACCACGCAACCUGUGGCGGCUGCAAGACCGAUGGGAUCUGGAGUGGCAGCUGGGUCGCCGUUUGA